GCAGGGUGGAUUUACGUGUGUGUUUCUGAGUGUUUCAGCUCGCUUGUUCUCAUUGAGAAAGAGACGGAGAGAAAGAUGUCUGGAACACGGACUCUCUGCUGCCAUGUCAACACGGCGACCCUCUCGUUUGCCAUCAUAUAUCUGAUUGGUAAUAUGCUGAAACUGGUGGGCAUCUUUCUUACGGUUUCAUGGGAUAAAGCGGAAGAUUCUGUCUACUAUCAUGAAUCAAAGGCUCUCAAGGGCCAUCGUGUCUUUGACAUCAGCACUAACAUUCUGAUGCUGGUCCUGAUGUCCAUCUCUGCUGUGCUGGUGCUCUUCUCUCAACGCAAGGGCCCGAUGUUUGUGCUUCCGUUUUCGAUGAUGAUGAUGGUGGAGUUGAGUCUGAGUUUUCUCUCCCUGUUUAACGGAGUCUGGGGUCUUCCCGGGACCCCCAGCUACAGAGACAUGCUGAAAGCUGUCAAAGAGCAGAGAAGAGUCCCUGCGUUGAAUGAGGAGGAAAUUGGCCAGUUCACCAUGUGGUACAGUGUGCUCUUUAUGGUGGACAUACUGCUGAAGGUGUACGUUCUUCAGGUGUCAAUGAAGUGUUUCUACGCCAUGAAGGAAAAAAGAGUCUCUGCCAUCCAUGUUGACACUGGAAAUACUGUGACAGUGAAGCUUCCUUCUUAUGAUGAGGCUCUCAAAAUGAAAGCAGAAGACACACCCCCGACCUAUCAAGAGCCCUGAAACUAUACACAUACGUAUUUCCUGCAUGGCUUUAUGACGCAAAA